AUGAAAUUUUUAGACUAUUCGAAAUUCUCUUUAAUAACGCUUAAUACUUUUAAACUAUCGACACAUUUAAGGAUGCUAAAUAGAAGAUCAAUCAAAUAAAACGAUAAUAUUAAAAUUGAAUUAACGCCACAACAAAAUAAAAAUAAUUACGUGAAAACAAUUUUAUUAUAUUUUAGAAAACACCAAGUUUAAACAAAAUUUAACUUAAACAUAAUAAGGAAAUUAUAAUGAUUGACAUAGAUACAAAGGAAAAAAAAGUAGAUAAUAGAUUUGCAUGCCUUGAUUGCAUUUGUGAUCAUCCUCAUUGUUAGUAUAGAACAAUUGAAAAAGUAAAUUAGGAAUGGAAUUAUACAAAAUAACAAUAAGAUUAAGUUUUAAAUAAUUUGAAGUUAAAAGGCAAGAAAAAUAAGAAAAAUUGA